AAUGAUCACUACUCCUACAAAUGCAACCACAGCAAAUCUUACAAGCGCCACACCUGUAACAAAUACAACUACUGUGUCUACAACAGCUUCAACAACAACUGUGAACACUACAACACCAAUGAGCACUACCCCUACAAACGGAACCACAACAAACCUUACAAGCACCACACCUGUAACAAAUACAACUACUGCGUCUACAACAGCUUCAACUACACCUGUGAACGCUACAACACCAAUGAUCACUACCCCUACAAAUGCAACCACAACAAAUCUUACAAACACCACACCUGUAACAAAUAAAACUACUGCGUCUACAACAGCUUCAACUACACCUGUGAACGCUACAACACCAAUGAUCACUACCCCUACAAAUGCAACCACAACAAACCUUACAAGCACCGCACCUGUAACAAAUACAACUACUGCGUCUACAACAGCUUCAACUACACCUGUGAACGCUACAACACCAAUGAUCACUACCCCUACAAAUGCAACCACAACAAAUCUUACAAGCACCACACCUGUAACAAAUAAAACUACUGCGUCUACAACAGCUUCAACUACACCUGUGAACGCUACAACACCAAUGAUCACUACCCCUACAAAUGCAACCACAACAAAUCUUACAAACACCACACCUGUAAGAAAUACAACUACUGCGUCUACAACAGCUUCAACUACACCUGUGAACACUACAACACCAAUGAUCACUACCCCUACAAAUGCAACCACAACAAAUCUUACAAACACCACACCUGUAAGAAAUACAACUACUGCGUCUACAACAGCUUCAACUACACCUGUGAACGCUACAACACCAAUGAUCACUACCCCUACAAAUGCAACCACAACAAAUCUUACAAGCACCACACCUGUAACAAAUAAAACUACUGCGUCUACAACAGCUUCAACUACACCUGUGAACGCUACAACACCAAUGAUCACUACCCCUACAAAUGCAACCACAGCAAACCUUACAAGCACCACACCUGUAACAAAUACAACUACUGCGUCUACAACAGCUUCAACUACACCUGUGAACGCUACAACACCAAUGAUCACUACCCCUACAAAUGCAACCACAACAAAUCUUACAAGCACCACACCUGUAACAAAUACAACUACUGCGUCUACAACAGCUUCAACAACAACUGUGAACGCUACAACACCAAUGAUCACUACCCCUACAAACGCAACCACAACAAAUCUUACAAGCACCACACCUGUAACAAAUACAACGACUGCAUCUACAACAGCUUCAACAACAACGCCCGGUUCAACUGCGGCAACAACAGCAACUGGUUCAACAACAACGGCAGCAGCAACAACAACAUCAUCAUCAACAACAACAACAACAGCAACAACAACAACAGCAGUGGCAGUAGUUCGCGCACCAAUUGUUGUUGUUGCAGCAGUUUUGGUUCAACCCUUUGUGCCUCAACUGGAAGAUAAAAACAGCCCACAAUUUAAGGCACUUGAGGAGCAAGUGGUAGUAGUGUAUGAAAUCAUCUAUAGAGCUAGAUAUGGUUUACUUUUCAGCCGUGUAAUUGUCAUAGCAUUCAGACAAGCUGGGAGCAGAACACGAGCAUCUACUACUGAAGCAGAAGUGCAGGUUGUUUUUAACAACACAAUAACACCUGCAGAAAUCCCACAGGCUGCAGAUGUUCAAAAAACUUUAGUUCAAGCGGUGUCUAACCCCAACAACACUUUCAACCUCAGUAUUGAUAACACAUCUGUUGUAGCAACCCAAGUAAACAUUAUAACAAAGGUGUUGCAGUUCACAUCUGUUGGAGAGACAUUUACACCUGACUUGCUGGACCGAUCAUCUCCAGCAUUUAAAAAUAGAUCAUCACUGAUAGUGACAACACUUGAACCUAUUUACAAUAAAACAUUUUCUUCAUACUACUCAAUGGAAGUGACUCAAUUCCGAAGUGGAUCCAUCAUCACUGACAUUGACAUUCGUUUUUUAUUUACGUCAGUGCCUAAUAACACUGACAUUGAAUAUGUUUUGAUCAAUGCAGCUCCAAACAUAACAGCCUUUAACAUUACCAAUGUUGUUGUCAGUGACUCAGCGGCUUCAACUGUGAACACUACAACACCAAUGAUGACUCCUACAACCACUACAACUGCAGCAACUACAACUGCUGAGCCUGUAAGAAUACUGGUGGUGCAAUUCAGAUCUGUUAAUGGGAUAUUUACAACUGACUUGCUGACUUCAUCAUCGACAGCGUUUAAACAACGAUCCACACUGAUAAAGACAACACUUAAACCUUUCUACUUGGCAAGAUUUCCUUCAUUCCGCUUCAUCAGUGUGACUGGAUUCAGUAAUGGAUCCAUUAUCAAUAACAUGGACAUUGGAUUUGCAUUGUCACUGGUCCCUAAUGCAAAAGAGAUUGCACAAGUUUUGAUUGAUGCAGCCAAGAUAACACCCUUCGACAUUGAUAUCAGUUCUAUUCUUGUGGACGGCAUAUUGUCACAUGGAGUGAGCCACAAGAUCAGUCUCCUCACUGCGUCCUGUAUGGUGCUGCUGUCAUGGCUGCUGUCAGGCCAGCAAUAACAUCUGCGCUGAUGCUCUUGUGAAAUAACUUGAGGAAAUGUCUCCUUUGACUGGGUAUGAAGAAGGACUUUGUUCCAACUGAAAAUCCACGAGGAGCUUCUGAUGAAGAGCAAUCAUACCAUGAUUUAGAAUUAGAAAUUAACCUUUAUGUUAUCUACAAAUAUAAAGUGUAACAUAAUUUCAAGCAAAGGUGUCAUUGAUUGUCAGUUUAUGAAGUGCUGUGAUAAAGUCAUGAUGUAAGUUAUUAAUAUCAGUGAGAUCAAGUUUUUAUCUCCUUUGCAUCUCCUUUGCUUGUGACUCUGACAGUGAAAAAAAUGAAAGUGAUAAUCAGGAUAGCAUCACCUCCCUUGGCAUUCUAAACGAUAAGGCAUUAUUAACUAUAAGAUGUGUGAAAAUGUCCUGUAUAGUUACCAGUCACUUUUACCAGUCAAUAUUUAAAUAUAUUUCUUGUAUGUAUUGUAUUGUAUUAUUGUAUGUAUUCUGAUUGUAUUGUAUUGGAUAAUUAUGGUAAAAAUCAAAGUCUAAGUGAUCCUGAUGCACACAUUUGAAAUGAACUCUCCCUAUAAAAAUAAUAUAAUAUUAAUAUCACCUUUUUCUUUCUGAAGCAGGUUCUUCUGAAGUCUUUCAUGAUAAACUAAAGAAGCUUCAAUUAAAGACAUUGAACAAACCCUG